AUGGGGCGGCGAAGGGGAGACGAGAAUUUGGGUGGGUCAUCUGCCCCAGUGCGUGUGGGGGCUGAGUCUGGGCGUAGCAAGCUGUGGAGUUUUGCUCAAAACCUCCUCGCCAGUUUGCGUCAAAAUUGGGAGAACAGGAUUGUUGGCGGCUCCUCAGCUUCGUCCGGGCAGUUUCCCUAUCAAAUCUCCCUGAGGAAUGCCAACAACGCCCACUUCUGUGGCGGCUUCCUCAUCAACACCAGAUUCGUUGUCUCCGCGGCUCAUUGUACGCGAGGACGCUCGCUGGGCAAUACCAUGAUCAUCGCUGGUGCUCUUAAUCGCGUCACAGGUGGCUUCCGCUGGAACACAGCGCGCAUUAACAACCAUCCUCAGUACAAUGCCAACACGCUGGCUUUCGACGUCUCCGUGCUGAUGUCCAGCAGCACCAUCAGUCAGACCGCCACCAUCCGCCCAAUUGGACUCAGCUCCACUCAUCUUGGCGGCGGCGUGAGCGCCGUUGUCACGGGAUGGGGCCAGACCUCCCAUCCGGGCAGCGCUGCCAACACUCUCCAGUUCCUCAACGUGCAGACCAUCAGCAACCAGGCAUGCGCCAGCGCUCACGGCGGCAACGGCGGACGCAUCUUCGCCCACAAGAUCUGCACUCACGGCACUGCCGGCCGCGGAACGUGCAUGGGUGACUCCGGAGGCCCGCUGGCCGUUGGCAAUUCGUGCAUCGGAAUUGUUUCCUGGGGCAUUGCUUGCGCUCGUGGCUUCCCUGAUGUCUUCGAUCGCGUCUCCUCCCACAGGAAUUGGAUCAUCGCUCAAUUCUAA